AUGUUAUGUAAUGAAUGCGAAAAACUUAAUUUGAAAUUUUUACCUCAAACAAUAUAUGUAGACUUUGAAGAAGCUAUUCAUAAUUCUAUUUUAUCAGUAUGGCCGGAAAUAAAUAUUAAAGGGUGUAGAUUCCAUUUAGGACAGAGCUGGUGGCGGAAAAUUCAAAAUUUGGGACUAACAAACGAGUAUAAAAGUGAUUCUGAAUUAAGUAAAUAUCUCAAAUAUUUUUUUGGCUUACCAUUUUUACACCCAGAAGAGGUGGAAAAUUGUUUUAUUGAAGAUAUAAUGAGUAUCCAACCGAACGACAGUAAAAUUCGAGAAUUCACUGAUUAUGUUUUUGAUAAUUAUAUUAAUGAAGAAUCGAGAUUUCCACCAAAAAUUUGGUCAGAAUUUAAUGCCUCUACAAUGCGAACCACAAAUUCCUGCGAAUCAUUCCAUUCUCAUUUUAAUUCUAUGUUCUACACAGCACACCCAAAUAUUUAUCAGUUCCUAGAAAUUUUAAAAAACGUACAAAUGGAUACUUAUAUCAAAAUGAGAAGUGUAGAACGAUUGAGAGCUGUUCAAUACACAGUGAUCACUGCUUAUUAG